GUAAAGCUUCUUUCCGAUGGAAUUCAGUUCCUGUUCAUGGAACGAAUUUACAACUAUAGUGCAAAGUGCAGGAGUUCCCACAAGCUGAUUCGUUCUCUGGUGUAAAUAGAAAACACAAAUACAAUUAAAUUAUAAUACACUAAAGACAGGACCUAAAAUGAACUAAUUAAUAUGGAUAAUUGUUUAAUAACUUUAACUAAGAACUAAACUAGUGAGUUAGUACUAAAAUACAAACAAAGUUAAAAAUGCAUUCUGUGGGCAUACACUCCGCCAUGGCGAUCAAGCGGCAACGAAAGCGUCGCGAUGAGCAGAAAAGAGCCAGAGAGAGGCGAUAUAGCACUCAAAGUUCAGAAAGUGGUGAAACAUUCCAUUCGCCGAGCGGAUCUGUCAGACGUAAAUAUCAUCAUCCUCAUCAUGCAGUCAAACCUGGACCAGGAAUGUUGGAUAGCCAGGUCGUAACCAGCAUCGGAAUGCUGCACAUUGGCAUUGUUUUUAUUGUCUUUGGAGUAUUUCUUUGUGGGGCAGGAAUUAUACCAGAUGAAGCUAUGUCCUGGAACGUGUUUAGUUCUAGCUCUGCUUGGUGGAAUGAGGUCACAUGCACUGGCCUGUUUUCCUUUGGACUAGGACUAUUUUUAUUAAUUCUAAACUGCCUAAUAAGUCGCAAAGAAGAGGAGGACCUUGAAGACUAUGUGCAACGGCAGCUUACGAGAUCUCGUUCUGGUCAUCGGCUUGAACGAGAUGUCGAAACUGGCGUAUUAACCACGCGUCACGCCCGCAAAGCUGUUGCAUUGCAGAAGAAUGGUCGGAAUGGCUUACCCUCGCCAACAGAUGUAGCUGUUGUUCAUUGUAGCUCUACGGAGAAUAUUUCUAAUGGUCAAAUUGUCGGGCGUAAUGGUCUAAAUAAUUCUGGGGAUAUAUUACUUGAGAAAAUUGUGGAGGAGGACACACCGUAUUUGAAUGAUCAUAGUACUGCUAUAUCGCCAAUAGAAAUCGAAAAUGAUACAAAACAACUUCUAAGAAGGGAAUCAAUAACAGAUGCAAUCAAUAUAACGCGCAUAUAAAAAAUUUA